AUGGCUGUGGAAAGACUUGAUCGAACCAACGGCGCCCCUGCCGCGCCGGUCUUGCGAAGCUUGUCUGAAAAUCCACUAUCAGGACGUCGACCUAUUCCGAACUCCGCGGCUACUUCCAACGGGCCCCAACAUCCUCCUAUUCCUACCAUGCGCAAAUCUGCUUCGAGCUCGAACCUGGCGGUCGCGAACGGAAUGAAUUCCUCUCACGUCUUAUCACUCGCACGCGAGGCUAUGCGAACAGCUCUCGAGAGCGAGAACCAGGUUGCCGAGGCUAGUGCUGUGAGCGCGAGUCUGCAGCCUGGCGUUACCAUCGAUCUGAGUCGAAAGAAUAUCCACAAGCUGCCGGAAGAAGUGGUUGAUAUCAUGAAGAAUGAUUUGGCAAGAUUAAUUCUGGCGCACAAUCAACUGACGGCACUGCCCGCUCGAUUUUCCGAAUGCACAUCUUUGCGAUACCUCAACCUUAGGGCCAACCAGCUUUCUGAAUUCCCUAUGACGCUCUGCGACCUGAAAGCCUUGGAAGUACUUGAGCUUGGUCGAAAUCAGAUACAGUAUUUGCCUCCAGAGAUUGCCAAGCUUACUAGCUUAAAGAUGCUCUCUCUUCGGAAAAAUAGAAUUAGGGAGCUUCCUCUGAGCAUUGGUGAUAUGACGUCCUUGCAAGCACUCAAAUUCGAAGGGAACCCUCUGGUUUUCCCUCCAAAGGAUGCCCUUUUACUUCAAGCCCCAAGCCCAGUUGGAGACGGCACGAUCCGGGACAACGAUGUGGAGCUUGCGGUGACCGCACAAAUGAAGCGAUGGUUGAAACAAUAUAGCUUAACCGGGCGACUAGAGAAUGAUCAAGCGGGAGAUGAAUCAAGUGAGGGUACCGAAACGCCUCGAGCUCCUCUCAAACGAAGGGUCAGCGGUCGGUUUCCCAUCAAAGUAAAUGGCGCAGAUCCCUCAGAUAGCCGCUCGCCAAGCACCAGCCGCAUCCCCCCCAUCCCUCAACGGUCUCAUUACCGUGGGUUGUCCCAGCAGAACACGGCCAUACGACGACCUGGUGUGAUGCCCCUCACCCUCGGAACCGCGAGUGAACGUGUUCGCAGCAAUUCUGAAACUAAUCUGCGUUCGGAACGAUCCGAAAGUCGAAACCGGCGCAUGGGUGUUGUUUCUAAGAAACCGACGGAUCUGGUAACACUCGAUGAGACCCAGGCGAGCAAUCGAUUCAGCCAUUAUCGGGGCUUGAGCCAUGGGUCGGCCAUGCACGGUGCUAUGGACCCUGGGACCCCUACUGAUCCAUAUCCUCAGCGGCCGGUAUAUGUGCGUCGGCUAUCUAUUCUUCCUGAACGCAGACGGGAGUCCAAGGUGUAUGAUCCAGUCAUCGAAAUUGCAAAAGGCAUUCUCUACUCGGUGUUCCAGGUUCACCCAAUAAUACAGUCGCUGAUGAGCCUGGCCGACGACGGCUCUAAGCGAUCUAGCCUCGAAAUUGUAUUCUACAAUACGAACUCGCACGUCGAAGAGCUGGAGCAAGCAAUUCAAAAACAUGACCAGUGGCUGGUUGACGAGGAUGAGCAUUUCACGAGGGAAAACGAAACGGUCCAUCGGGCAUGCCAGACGUUGGUGAGCGCAUAUGGACACGUUUGCACUCUACUUGCCGACAAUAUUGAUAUUUUCGUCGACUAUGGAGACCCCCGAUAUAUUCGGACUCUUCUGAUGUUGAUCUAUAAUAGCAUAAUGGAGCUUCGGGUUACAAUGUCUUCUGUCAGCGCCGAAGACGGUAAACAAAGGUCAUCGUCUACGGAGCCGUUGAAUGGGGGAUUAACAAUUCGGCCACACAUGAGAGAACCUUCUGUUCCCUCAAAGGCUCUGAAACCAGCACCCUUGAGAGGCCGCAAUGGAACCUUAGUAAUUAAUCCUGCAGCCAACCUGAGGGUCGCGACAAAUGUCCCACUGCCUUCACCAUAUGGCAAUGGGACACGCACUGCCACAAUUGCGUCUGCCACUCCGCGAUCCGGAGAGUCGUUUGCGUCUAUCAACAGUCGCGGCCUUGGCUCUGAUGCCUCAACAGAGGAGGACGCGCAGUUUGAUAAAAUCUUUCUAUCUCUGCAAAGAUCCUCGGAUAUUGUGCUGCACACAUUACCAAAUUUUAAUGUUCAAUUAAUGGGGGGGUUGAGAAACGCGGUGCAGAAGGGUACCGCACCUCCACUAAUAAGAAAUUGGAAGGGGCUUAUUGCCAUGUGCAACAAUACCAUCAGCCAAACGGAGGUGAUGAGAACCCGCUUGUCUCUGAUCAAGUUGAAAGAACCUGGGAUCAGGUCUCAGUCCAGUUUCUGGAGCUUAUGCAGUAGCUUCGUUGUGUCUUGGACAGAGUUGGCCUGGGAAAUCAAGCAGGCACCGGCUGGAGUUGUGCUCCCGCAUGACACGAGGGUUCGGUUGCGACCUAUUCACCAGAGCAUGAAGGAAACGAUUGGAACUAUUGUUAACUCUCCUUGGCACCACCUCCUGCAGUCAUCUAGUGUGAACGGGGGCCACCACUCUCACCCUGGGCACACACUCUCCAGAGGGUCGGAACCGAUGUCACCCAUUCAGGUUCCAAUUACACCCCAGAGCGCAGCGUUGGGACCAGCAAUGCAGGCCACGAUGCCAAAGACGCCGCAGAACACCUCGUUUGCGGCUGCAUUCCACGGAAACGUCUUUGACCGAGCAGAUACUCUAAUGGCCAAUCCUGGCAUUUCCAUGUCACGGCCAACAAUGCCUCAGCGGAAGGGACACUCGGGGCUGAACUCGUUCUCGUCUGUCUCUUCCCAAUCGUCUGCUGAAGGGGAGUACGGCAUUCCUUCAAUCAUGAGCCCAGCCUCUGGUGGUGCCGGACCGUUCCGAAAGAAUGGGGGGCGAGGCGUUUUCUGA